AUGGCCCGUCAAGCCACACGCAUCGCCAUGCCCGUACCGGCACCAAUGCCCCUCCUCUCGCUGCCUCGAAUGAUGUCGACCACCUCUGCCCUCUCGCAUGGAGGCAUCACACGGCCCGCACCAGGCACUGGCAUCCAGAUCAACUUCGUCGACCCAAAGGGUGAACCCAUCAAGACGAUUGAGGCAAACGAGGGUGAUGAUCUGCUCAGCAUCGCACACGAGUACGAUAUCGACCUCGAAGGAGCUUGCGAAGGCUCGAUAGCCUGCUCCACCUGCCACGUCAUCCUUGAACCCGACGUCUACGACUCGCUGGAAGAACCAUGCGACGACGAAAACGACAUGCUCGACCUCGCUUUCGGACUCACAGAUACCAGCAGACUUGGAUGCCAGGUAAAGGUCUCCAAGGACCAGCAUGGCAUGAAGGUUCAACUCCCUGCUGCUACUCGGAACAUGUACGUCGACGGUCAUAAGGCUGGCCACCACUAG